GUCCUGGUCUGCUUCUGGGUUCUGGCUUAGUUAACCGUGACAGUUCCAAAGAGGACUCCCUGGCUUACCAGCUUCACUUGGAACUUGAUGAGCAGCUGCAUUACCUGCAACUGAAGCAUUUACAGUAUAUUGGCCAUUCUUCCUUGGUGGAUGCUGACCUUUCUGCUCUUGAGGAGACCUGUCUGUCUGUUACAGACCAGUAGAGAGCCCAAGGAGCUUUAGAGAGGGAAUAAAGUCCUCAGUGGAUAUCAACAACACAGACAGUGGUGGAUUCGAAAAGGAUAUCCAUCCUAUGGUAAAAGGAAACAGAAGUUCCCCUCCACUAUCUGGGUUGCAUUUGAGACUUGGCUUAGUCCACAGGAUCAUCAUCCCCAGCACAGCCAUUGAUGUAGGGAGAAGUAUGGAGCUCCAAAAGAUGAACGGGCAACAUAGCAGGGACCUUGGUCCAGAUAAGCUCAAUUUAGAAGAUGGGUUUGAUGGACUGGAGUUCAUAGCAGAGCGGGAUGAGUUCCUGCCAGGGAAGAGCCCAGGAAUAAAAGCACCUCAGUUCACUGAUUUUGAGGGGAAGACGUCAUUUGGAAUGUCCAUCUUUAAUCUCAGCAAUGCCAUCAUGGGUAGUGGAAUUCUGGGACUAGCGUACGCAAUGUCAAACACCGGAAUCGUCCUCUUCCUUAUCCUGUUGCUAUGCAUCGCCAUUUUGUCAGCCUAUUCCAUCCACCUCCUCCUGAGAAGUGCAGGAGUUGUAGGCAUCCGUGCCUAUGAGCAGCUAGGGCACCGUGCCUUUGGACAACCAGGCAAAGUGUUGGCUGGCUCUAUCAUCACCAUGCACAACAUUGGAGCGAUGUCCAGCUACCUCUUCAUUGUAAAGUCUGAGCUCCCGUUGGUCAUGCAGGCCUUUCUGGGCCUGACGGAAAAUACUGGAGAGUGGUACUUAGAUGGAAAGUACCUGAUCAUCACCGUAAGCGUCAUCAUCAUCUUACCACUCUCACUCAUGCGACAUCUUGGGUACCUGGGCUACACCAGUGGCUUCUCUCUCUGCUGUAUGGUUUUCUUCCUUAUCUCCGUGAUCUAUAAGAAGUUCAACAUCCCGUGUCCACUGGAGAAGAUAACCAGUCAUGAUAACCACUCAUUCGUCUCCCCAGCGUACGGCACCUCUGAUGUGGACUUCUGUGAACCAAAGUUCUUCACCAUCAACAUGCAGACAGCAUAUACCAUCCCCAUCCUGGCUUUCGCUUUUGUCUGCCAUCCUGAGGUGCUUCCCAUCUACACAGAGCUACGAGACGCCACCAAGAAACGCAUGCAGACAGUUGCCAACAUCUCCAUUCUGGCCAUGUUCGUCAUGUACGGGCUAACCGCUAUCUUCGGUUACCUCACCUUCUUUGGUGGAGUAGAGACAGUGCUCCUUCAUACAUACAUUAAAGUGAACCCUUUAGACACCCUGAUCCUGUGUGUGCGUAUGGCUGUGCUGGUGGCUGUUACUCUUACUGUCCCUGUGGUACUCUUUCCGAUCCGCAGGGCCCUGCUGCAGCUGCUGUUCCCUGAGAAGCCCUUCCACUGGGCUCACCACAUCUCCAUCGCCGUGUGUCUCCUCAUCAUCGUCAACCUACUGGUCAUCUUCGUGCCCACCAUUCGAGACAUCUUCGGCGUCAUUGGGGCGACCUCUGCACCCAGCCUAAUCUUCAUCCUCCCGGGAAUCUUCUACAUCAGGAUUGUUCCUGAAGAAACAGAGCCUUUAAAAUCCAUACCAAAGAUGAUGGCUGCCUGUUUUGCUGCGUUAGGCUUCGUCUUCAUGGUGAUGAGUAUGUCAUUCAUCAUCAUUGGUUGGGUGUCCGGAGAGUCUCGGAGCGGAGGCGGGCACUAGCAACAGACCACAAUAAACAGUAAUACCAGCAAAAUGCCAACCAAAGCUCUCCCAAACAUCAAAUUCCCCACGACGUGCCCAUUAUUUAACCAUAGCCAAAUGAGAGGGCCUCGGCUGGACAUGGAAAAUAAUAUAUCAUUAAAAUUCCCCCACAAGAUGGCAUUACGUUCCAUGUGGUGGUAGGUCAUGUAUGGGGUGGGAAACACAGAACCAGCAACACAAAGCAACAGCUCUGAGGUGACAAACAUUAUGGUUUGCUUUCAGUAUGUUGUUUCGAGGCACUAAUAAAGUUGUCGCAGAGACAACAGGUUCUGAGGGUAAUGAUAGUAUUUAUGUUAUAAGUGUACCAAUGAAUGGCUUCAUCAUUGCCAAAGUCAUCAUUACCCUCCUUAUCUACCUCCCUUGAAUUUUCAAUGAGAUAUUUUUACACAUGAAGAAAAAAAAAGAAAUUAAAUGGAUCUAUUAUUCUGGCAUGUUGCAGAUUUUUUUCUCUUUAUGGGAAGUUUUUAUUUUCAAAUAAGAUUGUACAGUUAUGUAAUUUUCUCUAAGAUUGUCAUUUAUUCAUCAAGGAAUGUGUGUUAUUUUUAAUCAAAUCAAAUCCAGAAUUUGUGCAGUGUUUUGCCCUAUGCCCAUACACAUUGCUAGGUGUAUUGACUCUAGAGUAUCCUAAGGUUUGAUCAUUCCUGUUAGUUUUUUCCAUGGUACCAAGCUCAUGUUAGCAUAACACAGUCAGACAUUUUCCUAUAAGUGCAGCUAUCAGCCGUGAUAAUGCCAGAAGGGAUAACCCUCCCAAUUCUUCAUGACUGAUUAAUUUAAAAACUUUUAUGUGAACUGUAUUUAUACUAUAUCCAGUAACUUGAAAUGGAUAUUUAAAACUUUUAUAUUGUUUUUAUCUGUCAUGUGGUACAUACCAAAAAAUAUAUCAAAUUUACUCUGUCAAGUCAUCAUGGAAUGCACAUGAAUAGGCAUGGAGAGGGCUGUUGGUGUGAUCAUACAAACAAAUGCACACUCAACACAAACUCAAUUCUGACCUCAGCGUCGCUAGUCAGUCAGAGAGCAGAAGUAGCAUGAUCUCAUCUGCUAUCUUUAGACUUGGCUUUUCUGAGUAAGUCUGAGAGAAACUCCGAAUAGGGGAGUCCUCUAUAAGAUGGGGUCAAUUUAACUAUGGACCGACAUUUUUAAGAGAACAUUGAGUCUGUGUUUUUUUCUUUGGUCUUUUAAAAAUGUAGUUGUUUGUUAUUUGUCCAAUAAAAGUUUCAUGUAAUGAAA